GAGCACUCAAGCAAGCCUGCCUCCUCUUGUUAGCUAUCUACGUACGUGUACGAUGGCUCCCACAGUGAUGUCGUCAGCGGCUACUGCCGUUGCUCCUUUCCAGGGCCUCAAGUCCACCGCCGGGCUCCCCAUCGGCCGCCGCUCAGCCAGCGCUGGUCUCGGCAGCGUCUCCAACGGUGGAAGGAUCAGGUGCAUGCAGGUGUGGCCAAUUGAGGGCAUCAAGAAGUUCGAAACCCUUUCCUACCUGCCGCCUCUCACCGUGGAGUCCCUCUUGAAGCAGAUCGAGUAUCUCAUCCGCUCCAAGUGGGUUCCUUGCCUCGAGUUCAGCAAGGUCGGUUUCGUCUUCCGUGAGCACGGCAACUCUCCCGGGUACUACGACGGCAGGUACUGGACAAUGUGGAAGCUUCCCAUGUUCGGGUGCACCGACGCCACGCAGGUGCUAAAGGAGCUGGAGGAGGUGAAGAAGGAGUACCCUGACGCCUAUGUCCGCAUCAUCGGCUUCGACAACACCAGGCAAGUGCAGUGCAUCAGCUUCAUCGCCUUCAAGCCACCGGGUUGUGAGGAGUCCGGCAAGGCCUAAGCAAGUUGAUUUCUUAUAAUACAAGAACGGGUCACACCGAUUUUAUGUACCUUUUUCACACGUUUGUUUCAUGUUGUAUUUAUGCAUGUGAUCUCUCCCAACAACCCGGAUUAACUGUAUUCAUGAGUACUACUAUUAUAAGAGUACUACAACUAUCGUUGGGAGAGGGGCAUGUAAUAUAAACUCCGGUUAUACAUAUUAAGAUAAGUAUAUUUUGUAAAAGAAUAUCAAAUUCGUCGACAAAUUCUGAUUAUGAUAAUUUACCGGUA